CUUCCUUCAAGCUCCGUAGCGCAGGCACCGCUCUCCACCCGACUCCACCUCAUAGCCAUCGUGUCUUGCUGGCCCGCUCAGCGGUGCCCUGAGGGUGGGCUUGCAUCUUGUAAUUUCUAGAGGAUCUGUGGACCGAGCAGACAGAUUUGACUGCCAGGACCCAGGUGCUUUCGUGUGUGGCCCACCAUACUCUGGGGGGACCGCCUCUGCUUCACUGCUCAGCUGGUGAAAAUGCAUGUCAAGAUGACUUCACAGAGGGGUCCAGAGAGUGCGCACAUGAACCACAAGGGCCCAUGCCAUACUGCUCUCCGCCAUAGUAGCUCUUCCCCGCAUGGCAGCAGCCUAAGACCACCCAAGAGUUGUGGAGGGCAGAGCAAGCCAGUUCAGUUCAGCACUGUGGGCUCAUCAUGGGUAGCAGAGCGCCAGACUGACUUGCUGACGUUGCUGUUGUCGCUUCUGUGGUACAUGCCCAUGGCAGGUGGGCUGGAAGUGAAGACUGCAGAGAGGCCACAGAUGGUAUUCCUACAUGAUAAUGUCACUAUAGUCUGUAAAAUUCCCGGCUCACCCCACCUGAACAUCACGACUGUGGGAAUCAUCUGGUCUUUGAAGAAUGAAUGGCAUGAAGCUGAGGUCCCCAUAUAUGAGUUUUAUGGAAAUCACCUCAAGGCAUUCCGACCUGGAGCCAGUGUUUCAUUGUUGAGGCUAGAACGGGGAGAUGCCUCCCUUCAUCUGCCUAGGAUCGAGCUGAGUGAGGCAGGAGAAUACCGGUGUAAGCUGGUGGUCACCCCUGACCAGGCAGAGGGAACAACCAGGCUAGAUGUCGUGGCUUAUCCAGCCAUGGCAUUGUUUGUGGAAGCAAAGCAAAAUGGUGAAGGGCAGCGUAUUAUAUGCGAGCUGGAUGGAUUCUACCCAGAAGCCUUUGACAUAAAGUGGGAGAGAUGCACCCUGAAGGAUCCCCACUUCCGAGUGAUUACUGACAGCAUUGUCACUGGUCCCACGGUGAAGAAUGAGGAUGGCACCUUCAGUGUUACCAGCUCCUUGGCCCUGAAGCCGGCUCUGGAAGACCGUGGGAUUAUCUACUGCUGUGUGGUAUCACACAGAUCCUUGCUUGUCCCCAUAAAGCUCAAUCUCACACUGCCCGAGAAAGGAUCUGUGGAGAUAUAUGUUACUAUUGUUUUUCCCAGUGUUCUGUUGGGUUCAGUGCUAGUUUUUUGGUUCUGCAGUUGCUGCUAUGCAGGUGCUGCUACCACUGAGCAGGAACCCUAAAGCCCACCACAAAGCCCGUGACUUGGCCUGAAUCUUGCAUCCAUUUCUUCUGUCUUUACUUCGUCCUUCAGUGUCCUUCACAAGUGGACAGCUCCUCGACAUGGGGUCCAGCCGUUUGACAUGCUGUCAGCUAAGAAAAUUUAAGCUGUAAUUUUUAAAGAUCAAUUUUUAGGAUUGUUUUCUAUGUGAGAUUCUUAAUCAUGAAAACACAGUAUGGCAAAACUUCCAGUGAAAGCAAUCUGCAAGGGACAUUUCUAGCUCUAAGUGCCCACUAAGAUAAAUAUCUUGAUGAUACGCCAUAGGGCCUUGGAAAAAACAAGCUCAAGCCAAACCCCAAAUCUACAGUUGGAAGGAAUUAAGAUUAAGGCAGAGAUUAAUCAGAUGGAAAUGGAGAAAAGUAUGUUAAUGACUCCAAAGAGUCCUUUUGUAUCAAAUCCUUACUCAGGCUACUGGCAGAAAGCCAAGCCCCUCCUUAUUAAGGUCAGAGAUGAGAAAGGAGCCAUCCGGAAGCUCAGGGAGUCCAAGACAUUCUUUAAAAAUAGGUAUUCCGCUAAAUUAGAACAUUUUUAAAGUAUCGGAUGAAUGACUUGGUAUAUAUGGUCUUCCAGAGUUAACCCCAGAUGAGAUAAAUAAUUUAAACGCAUCUGUUAGGAGAAGUGAGAUUAUGGAAUGAUAAUGAUAAUGACAGUAAGAGCAACAAUGUCUUCAAACAAAGUAGUGUCCAUCUCUGUCCAAACCAUACCUGGUUCUCUGGACAGCAGAAAAAUAUGCAUGCUUCUAACAAAUCUGAAGUUUUUGCUAGGACUCAAAGGUAUGAGACUAUUCCUUCUGUUUACAGAUACCUGUUAUCUGAUCUUUUUCUACAAUAUGGGUUUUUCUUUAAGUAAAUGAAUUUUAACUUCUGUUCCUAGUUUAAAUUUAUCUCAAUAGGCUUCCACUUAGCUGGCAGACAAAUCUAGGCAUCAGUUGCUGACCACAACCUGCUCUGAAUGACUGUGAGCCCUGGGCUUGCUGAAAGCUGAUGUGGACCAGUUCAGCUGAUGUGAACACUCCCUGCUCCUUCUACGAAGUCUGAUGAGUUCCCCAUUGCCUAAACGCUCCCCCCUGUGGCUAGCCUUUCAACUACUUGGGCCCGGAUAACAACACCCCAAUGUCAGCUUGAAGUAGUUGUGAAAAGGAACACAUCGCCCCAUGCCUCCUGCCCAAAGUAGGUUGAAAGGCUGAGACAAGGGGGACCUUCCUGGCAUGAGGGACGAAAUAACUACCUAUAGUGCCUGUUGAUACACUAGGUCCAGAGUUGUCAAUUAAUGGAUUUAUUAAUUUAAGUAGUUCCAUACCUCCUUAAAACCAAGGGCAAGCAGGACCCAAGAUUGGGUCCUGUCUUUGGUGCUUGUGAAGGGGGAAACGUAGGAGCCAGCCAUGAUAAGCUAAGUGUGGGCAGGUCACCCAAAGGAAGUUCUUUACUUCCAGCCAUUAUCACCUGCCAGAGUAGGACUCGGCCAUCGAUAAAUUUAGUAGAGGCCUGAGUCUCAGUAGUUCAUCCUGAAGCAAUACCCGGUUGCAGGAAGAACCACAAGCUGAGAUUACGUGAGCACCAUCCAAGAACAGACCAUCCAAAGCAAAUGCCUAACGUUCCAACUGCUGUAGAUAGGAUCACCUGCCAGCACACAUUCACCAGGACAUCCCUAGACAAAUGAUGGGCCAAUCAAGUGUCCUGAACCUCAGAAACCCCUCACCCCCACCUUUAUUACUAUAAAAUCCUAUUCUCGGGGCUCUCCGUUUAUUCCAAUACAUUGAACAUGCAGAGAGACCAAGUCUUAAAGGCUCUUCGCAAAAAAAAAAAAAAAAAAAAAAAAAAAAAAAAAGCUGUGUUCAAGCCCUGACAUCACCGGUCAAAGAUACCAAAGGUUCAAUAAAGCACUAACACCAGCCUUCUGAACAUAGGAAAGAAAAGACUACCAAACUCUUUUAGAAAGUCAGCAUUAGCAUCAUAUCAAAACUAGAGAAGACAUAAGAAAGGAAGUGGGUGUUUUUUAACAUUUAUUAAUUAUUUAUUUAUUGCAUGUGUGUGAGCUUGCCCAUGGGUGUGGAGGUCAGAGAAGAAAAUUACUGUAUUUUCACUAAACUCAGGUAGGAGACAAGGAUGUCCACUUUCUCUGCUCUUAUUCAAUAUACUUCUUGGAAUCUUAGCUAGGGCAGUAUGACAAAAGACAAAAACAGCUAUUUAUACCUAUCUAUUUGUCUAUCAUCUGUCUGUCUGUUGGUCUGUCUGUCUGUAAUCGAGGCAAACAGAAGGAAUAUCAGGUCCAGAAAGAUGGCUUAGCCUGGGCACCUGAGUUCCGUUCCCAGAAUACAAGUGAAGGCGGAAGGAGAGAGCCAACUUUAUAUAGUUGCCCUUUGACCUCCACACCCUCCCCAUGGCAUGCCCUUCCCUCUCACACGCAUACACAGUAAAACAGGAAUGUGGAGCAUAGAUAGGAAGGAAACACCAAGGUCUCCUUACAUGCAAGUGAUACGAGAGACCCCCAACAACCCCACCAGUGUACUGCAUAUGUUGAUGUUUUUAAAAUGAUGUAUUUGUAAGCAAGUUUUUAAAAUGUUUUUUAGUGUCUUUGACUAGGAAUUUGUAAAGCUGUGUAUAUGAACUUGAUAUAUUUAUUCAAAAGUUUACAAAGCCAAGUGAUCCAUGGUUUCUCUCUUUUAUAUGAAAUAUAUUGUGACCAAGGAAAAGACUUCACAAGCACAGUCCUGCUACUUGAAGUCCGUAUCUGCCUGUUUGCCUUGAAAUACGUGUUUUGUUGUUAUAUGUAUGAGAUGCACAUGCACUACAGAGAAAUGGUCUGUUUGUGGACACGGUGCUAAAAUCCUGAGAGGCCUUACAGUGUGUCCUACUGAACAAAAUGCCUUAAGUUAUUCUUCACUAAUAGAUGAUGAAUUCAUAGAGAAGAGGUCUCUGUUCAAUGACGAUGAUCAGUGCUGGCUCCUUUGUAUGCUAAAGAUAUUUCUGCUUCUGUUGUGUUACAUAAGCCUUCUAAGACUCAAAGCUUAGGGGAACAGGAAGCUAAUGUCCUCCAAACUAGAACUGUUACUGGUGCUAUAUGAUACUUACUGGAUAGGAAAUCAGGGGAGAGAAUGGGGACAGGAUGGAGCCCCCUGCUGGGGAGUCUGGUUGGAGCCUCUCACCAGCUUAAAAAAGUUUUAGCCAUAAUUCACACUUAUGAAUUGUGUGACUGUGGUCGACAAUAGGAACAUUUAUGUGAAGGGUGUUAAAAUAGCAUACACCAGCCCUGCGCGUCCAGGACCCCAGGGAAGGUCUCCCUCCUCCCCCAUGUUUUUUCGGGAACCUCCUAGGUAAGAAGAGCUUUGUUUACAGUGGGAUGUGCUAACUGCCUGUAUUUCUCCAACCUAGACUUGUUCCCCUGCCAGGUGCACUUCAGGGACCACCCUUUAGAGACAGUGACUUCCAAAAUCCUUCUGUGUCUAAUCCAGACAUGGCAUUGCAUACCUUUAAUCUAGCACUGGGAGUUAGAUCUUUGUGAGUUUGAGGCCAGUUUGAUACACAUAGUGGGUUCGAGGCCAGCCAGGGCUACACAAUGAGACACCGCCUCAAACAAGUAAGAGAAAUAGUAAAUUCUGUGUAUUAGCAUUGUAAAGCCGAUGAGGGAAGGUUGUUCUCUGGGAAACCCAUGACCUCGGGGUGCUUUUUAAAACUUUUUCUCAAGUGCCUUUUUUCAGUCCUUGUGUUUCAAUGUGCAGUAAAAUCUCUUUGUAAUAAACUCCAAAUAUUCUCCUCGAUGGUUUGUUUUGUAAUUCUUUUCUUCAGCGAAUCAGAAGCUAAAUUUUCUGUGGCAACAUUAAAAAUCCAGCUGUACCUGAGUCAAGGUCUCCAAAAGAUUGAAGAACUCCUCCAGCCGCAGGUGGCAGUUCUGGGCUGUCUUCACGCCAACGGCUGCAGCACCUUUUCUGGGCCUGGGUUGGAUUGUUUGGA